UCGAUGAUGUGAGUUCCUCCUCUCCGUGUGUGGGGGGGUUGAACACAGGAUUCUCUCUGCUUUCCUCUCAGUCUGCAAUCAGCAACGGACACACACACACAGACGCAGCAGCUAUGAGCGCAGGCGAUGUGGUGUGCACAGGAUGGCUCAUAAAAUCCCCUCCGGAGAAGAAGCUAAAGAGAUUUUCAUGGCGAAAGCGAUGGUUUGUUUUGCGGAGGGGUCGGAUGAGCGGGAAUCCUGACGUUUUGGAAUAUUACCGUAGCAAGAGCUCCCGGAAACCAAUCAGAACCAUCGACCUGCAGGAGUGCGAGGUCACCAUCGAGGCAGAGGUGCGGCCCACUAAACGCCAGUAUCAGAAUCAGCACCUGUUUGUGGUCAAGACAGCCACACGCAUCUUUUACCUGCUGGCCAAAACGGCAGAAGAGAUGAACAUCUGGGUACAGAACAUUGGACAGAUUUGUACAUUUGGUGGACUGAACAGACAUGCAGAAUCAAUGGACAGUCUUAAUCUCACUCCCUCUUCCCAACAGCCCUCUCCAGCACUCUCUCCUCAUGUUUCUCUUGUGGCCAAUCAAGACACAGUUACCGUCGAAAACCACGAUGUCCUUGACAGGCCCAGCGAAUCAGAGAUCAGCCCUCCACUUGACUACCUCUUCCUCUCUCAGUGUGAAACUGGCACAAAAAGCAUCGUCAGGUGUGACAGCAUCUCUAACUCUGAACGCUCCUUUGAGCAGAGCUCGUCUGAGUACACAGAGGAUGUGUUUAGCCCCACCCCACGCAUUGACUCCUCCCCCUCACCUUUCCUUGUGGGUGGGGUCCCCGAGCCCCCAUUCAGCGCCCCCUGUGGCCCACUCUCUCUAUCCUCCUCCCUUUCAUCCUGCCUCUCAUCUCCCAUCUCUCUACGCCGUCCACCAGACAUUUUCAGAUUUGACAGGCCCUUCUACGGAACAUCAGACCCACAGACGCCUCCUCCCCUCCCGCCCAAACCUACACACUUGUCCGAUCACCAUGUAAAUGACGAUACCGGCCAUAAUCAGACGCAACCUGCUCUCUUCCCUCGCAGGACAUCACUUUCAGGAAUAGACCAGUUUAGGAGAGGAGAGUUUGAAAAUGCUGGAAGAAACUGGAACAAACGUCUAAGCCUCAACCUGCCAAUAUUUCUGAAUACCACAGUUACCGAAAACCACUCUGAGGAUUCAUAUGUGCCCAUGGCCUCCCCACCGAUCAGCUGCUCUGAUGCGACUUCAGACGGCUACAUACCCAUGAGUCCCUCCACCCUGCCCAUCUCCCUACUCACCAACGGCAAAACAGAGCUGCCUUCGCCUUCGAAUCCUGACCUUGAGCCUCCUCCAGUCGACCGCAACCUUAAACCAAGAAGACGGGCCUUGGUGUUUUCCCUUGUUCAGGAUUCGUGGCAGAUGUUCCCGGCUUGUGAUUCUGCCCCCUGGAUGAGGCGUUCUCAGCUGGAUUACUUGUCACUUGACUUCAAUUCGGCCUCCCCCUCACCUGUCCAGAAGAAACCGCUGCUGGCAGACGAGUACAGGGUCGAUUACGUGCAGGUAGACGAGAAGAAGACACAGGCUUUACAAAGCACCAAGAUGGAGUGGAAGGAUGUCCGUCAGUCAAAAGCCUAAAGCCCUCUCAUUUUAAAUUAUUAGAUGGUUCAAAACUUGACUUGUUUUCAUCUCCUACAAUUUCAGGAACAUGUUGGGUUUUUUUUUUACACUGCUGUGAAAGGAGCCAGUACAGAGCUGGACUGGAAACCUUCAGAAAUAAAAUGACAGAUUAUUCAGGAAAUUAUUCCAGGAUAAAAGACCUCCAACACAAUGAUUCAAGAAUAAAGCUUUGUUUUGCUGUUCUUAUACCAGGAAGAUAAUUAGCAUUUCUUAUGAAUUUUUUUGAAUAUUGUUUUUUGGUUUAUGAGUAAAGUAAAAUAAGAGGUUGACCUCAAUUUGAUCUACAACAUAGAUUAUACACAGUCAUACCUCAAAUGUGAAUGAUGUUUUUUUAAAACGUUGCUAACUAAGUGAUAAUAAGGGAGUACUAAAUAAGUACUAAAUCUACCAGAGGAAUGUGAGUUAAUGUGUAUGAUGAAGGUUCUCGUCCCAACUUGUGCUAACUUUCUUGUUAGCUACAUAAACUACUUUUCAAAAGUUUGGGGUUGAUAAGAUUUUUUAAUAG